AUGAAUUCCAUUGCGAACGGCAUUAUGCCGAUGGCUCCUCAAAUGGCACCCGCCCUACCUAAUAACCUUAACAAGGAGCAGGCUCAAGCCAUGUACCUGAAAUGGCAGAACAUGAAGGCGCAGGGCGCGACCGAUUCAAACCCCGAAUUUGCCCAUUUAUCAUCAGUAUUGAAAGCGAUUCAGCAGCAGCAAGUUUAUAAAAACCAGCAGCUGCAAAUGCAGAUGCAACAUCAAAUGCAACAGCAGCAGCAACAGAACCAGUAUGCACAGCACUCACAGAUGCGACAACAAAGGCAAACGGCGCAAAAUGGUGUUCCUCAGGUUAAUGGCCGAGCACCUGUUCAAUCACAACCUGCACAAACACCAUCAACUCAGGCUAUCAAUGGACCCUCUGAAUCUCCACAAAACCGCACACCACACUCAUCCAAUAAUAUCAAUACUAAUGGUGCUCCUACGCCAGCCACCUCCGUUGUGUCGAAGUCAAGUACUCUUCCAAGUAAUUCUACUUUUACGCAGGAUCAACUUGGGAUAUUGAGGAAUCAAAUCAUGGCAUUCAAGAUGAUUUCUAAGAAUCUGGCUGUUCCCCCAAACAUUCAAAGUGCCAUAUUCUCAUCGUAUCCCCAACGGAUCGAGCAGGCAGCUACCGGGAUCGCGGCAGUGAGCGCUGUUGUUGAUGCCCUUGUCAAAGAAGGAAUCGAAAGUGAGAAAGCCGACGGAACGCCAAAAAAGAAGAGGACUGGCUAUGAAACAUUCACAUCUCCUUGGACAAACCUGCAACCUUAUAUCAGCUAUGGUGAGCAUGGAGCGCGAGAUAAACGAUUGAUGAUUCCAAGCAUCAUGCCAAUGGGAAUUGAUGUUGCACGGUUGCAUGAGGAAAGAGAACUCGUGAUCUACAACCGAAUUAGCGCUCGAAAGGCUGAACUGGAAAAACUUCCAAGUAAUCUUGCCGAGUUCGAUUCCAGUAAAGGGGGGGAUGGAGUGAGCGAAUCUCUUAAACUAAAGGCCUUGAUCGAAUACAAAGCUCUCUGUCUCCUUCCAAAACAAAGAGCGUUGCGACAGGAAAUGGUCAACACCAUGGUACAUGCAGAUAAUCUCGCAGUUACUUCGAAUCGUGCCAUGUUCCGGAGAAUGAAGAAACAGUCUCUUAGAGAAGCACGAAUUACAGAGAAACUGGAGAAACAACAGAGAGAUCAACGAGAGCAAAGAGAAAGACGGAAACAUGUUGAGUACAUCCAGGGCGUCAUUCAACAUGGGCAGGAGAUCAGGAGUGCUGCCAGAGCACGAGAAGCAAAGGCUCAAAAACUGGGACGCAUGAUGUUACAGCACCACCAGCACAUGGAGAAAGAAGAGCAAAAGAGAAUGGAAAGGACUGCAAAGCAACGUCUCCAGGCUCUCAAGGCAAACGACGAGGAGGCUUAUCUCAAGUUGCUCGAUCAAGCAAAGGAUACUCGUAUCACCCACUUGCUCAGGCAAACCGACUCUUUCUUGCAAUCUCUCGCUGCAAGUGUGCGGCAGCAACAGCGUGACGCCGUUCAGGCGUACGGAAUUCCCGAAGGCUAUGUAGAGCCGGAAAGCGAAGAGGAGGAGGAAGAAGAUUCCGGCAAGGUUGAUUACUACGCCGUCGCCCAUCGUAUUCAAGAAACCGUAGACACCCAACCGGCUAUCUUGACUGGUGGCAAAUUGAAGGAUUAUCAGUUGAAGGGUCUUCAAUGGAUGAUUUCGUUAUAUAAUAACAACUUGAACGGUAUCUUGGCAGACGAGAUGGGUCUCGGUAAAACUAUUCAAACAAUCUCUCUUAUCACUUAUCUGAUCGAGAGGAAAAAUCAGAAUGGACCAUUUUUGGUUAUUGUCCCUCUUAGUACCCUGACCAAUUGGAACUUGGAGUUUGAUAAGUGGGCGCCGAGUGUGGGUAAGAUCGUCUACAAGGGUCCACCCGCAGUACGAAAAACGCAACAAAAUGCUAUCAAAUAUUCCACUUGGCAAGUUCUCUUAACAACAUACGAGUAUAUUAUCAAAGAUCGCCCAUUGCUCUCCAAGAUCAAAUGGAAUUAUAUGAUCAUCGAUGAAGGGCAUCGUAUGAAGAACAGUCAGUCGAAGCUUAGCGCAACUUUGACAACUUAUUAUAACUGCAGAUAUCGCUUGAUCUUGACGGGUACCCCAUUACAAAACAAUCUUCCUGAGCUAUGGUCCCUCCUUAAUUUCGUGCUCCCUACGAUCUUUAAGUCCGUUAAGAGUUUCGAUGAAUGGUUCAACACGCCUUUCGCGAAUACCGGUAGUCAAGAUAAAAUGGAGUUGAACGAAGAAGAGGCUUUGUUGGUUAUUCGCCGUCUUCAUAAAGUUCUUAGACCUUUCUUGUUGCGUCGUUUGAAGAGGGAUGUCGAAGCGGAGCUUCCCGAGAAGGUUGAGAGGGUGAUCAAGUGCAAGUUCUCUGCGCUACAACAAAAAUUAUACCAACAGAUGAUGAAUAAUGGUAUACUUUACGUUAACGAUGCAGAGAAGGGCGGGAAAAUGGGCGUCAAGGGUCUCAGUAACAUGAUCAUGCAGCUUCGUAAGCUGUGUAAUCAUCCGUUCGUGUUUGAGGAAGUAGAGAGCGCGGUAAACCCGGCCAAGAUCAACAACGAUUGUUUAUGGCGUACAGCAGGAAAGUUCGAGUUACUCGAUCGAUUAUUGCCCAAAUUCUUCGUGACGAAGCACAGAGUCUUGAUGUUCUUCCAGAUGACUCAGAUUAUGAAUAUCAUGGAAGAUUUCUUGCAUCUUCGCGGUUUCCGUUAUCUGCGUUUGGACGGUUCAACUAAGGCUGACGAUCGUUCUCAGUUAUUGAAGGAGUUUAAUGCUCCGGACUCCCCAUACUUCAUCUUUUUACUGUCAACUCGCGCUGGUGGUUUGGGUCUCAAUUUGCAGACCGCUGAUACUGUCAUCAUUUACGACUCUGAUUGGAAUCCGCAUCAAGAUUUGCAAGCCCAGGAUCGUGCGCAUCGUAUCGGUCAAAAGAACGAAGUUCGUAUCCUUCGUCUCAUCACUUCCAACUCCGUGGAAGAACGUAUUCUCGAACGUGCUCAAUACAAACUCGACAUCGAUGGUAAAGUCAUUCAAGCAGGAAAAUUCGACAACAAAUCUACCAACGAAGAGCGAGACGCGCUUCUUCGUGUCAUGUUGGAAGCUGAUACCACCGAUGCUAUUGCAAAUGAGGAGUUUGAUGAUGACGAGCUGAACGAAAUCUGUGCAAGAACUGACGAUGAGUUGGCUCUAUUCAAGAGGAUGGACGAUGAAAGGAAACGGGACUCACCAUAUGGUGAAGGUAAACCCCUUGGGCGCUUAUAUGAGGAAAGUGAAUUGCCAGAUAUUUAUCUCCAUGAUGAUGUCCUCCCGAUUGAAGAGCCCCAGGGUCCCGUCGGUCGUGGUGCAAGAGAGAGGAAAAUCACGAAUUACGACGACGGGUUGACGGAGGAGCAGUGGUUGGAUGCGAUCGAUAAUGACGACGAUACAAUCGAGGAUGCAGUCAAACGCAAACGGGAUAGAAUCGAGAGGCGACAGGUCAAUAAGGCGAAGAGGGCAGGGGACUAUGAUGAUGCUACACCACCGCCAGAUACCCCCCCGCCUGUUGAAGAGACACCUCCAGCCACCGCCCGAAAGGGUAAGCGUGGCAGGAAACCGAAUACUGAGAAGCGUCGGGUAGAGGAGGUUGAAGAGCCCAAAGCGCGCAAAAGGCAACGGGUCAGUAAGGGAGGUUAUGUGCCAAGUGACGCUAUCACACCUGGGAACCGUGCAAUGCUACAAAGGGCUUGCGAAGCAAUUUUCGAUGCAGUACAUCAUCUGGAGGAACCAGAAACUGAACGGUUACGGUCCGAGCUUUUCGAAAAGCUGCCAAGCAAGAAAAUAUUCCCAGACUACUACCACAUUAUCAAGCAGCCCAUUUCGUUCAACGAAAUCAAGAAAAGGAUCCGGAACGGUGAUUAUUCAGAUCUGGAUGGAUUCAAGGUAGAUUUCCAGUUGAUGUUUAAUAAUGCGAGAAUCUACAAUGAGGAAGGCUCGAUUGUUUAUGAAGAUGCAAACGCUAUGGAGGCGGAAUUCGAGUCUAAAUUUACGGAGGAGAAACGGGGUUUCGACGCUAUCGGGAAUGGAUCUUCUGCUGGUGGUACAUCCACCGGCCCAGGUACUAGCACCGGAACUCCAGCAGGCAAUUCCGGCACACCGCAUAUUAGAUUGAAGGUUAAAGGGCAUAAUGCUGGGGGAGGCGGUAGAGACGCGAGGUCUCCUGAUGAAGAUUCGGCAGCAAGCGGAGAUGAUUCCGAAUAG